AUGUCCCUAAAGGCUCAGCUGGUGUCUGUGGUCCUGUGUUGUGUUUAUGGUGUGGCUUCGCUCUUCUGUCUCCAUCCAAACCGCAACAACAGCGUCUCUGUGGGCGCCAGGAGUCUGACUUCCAUCCUGCAGCACGUCUCUCAAAGAUUCUUCGAAAGGACCCGCUCGCUCCUGGGCCGAGUCUGGCCACCGCGCUCUUCCCGGAGCAUCCAGCGCUCUGCCCGGUUCCGGAUCCUUCGCCGCCUCAUACAGCCCUAG